UUAACUGCUAGCGGCUGGAGACUCAACGCCUCGCUCCAACUUCCAGGAUUUGCCGAGAUUUUUUUCUUCUCAUCGCAAAGCCGCACGUUUCGUUUUUUUUUUUUUUGUCUAUUUGACGAACUCCUCCUGCAUUCUCCAUCGGAUAAACAGCGCGAUGUUCGCUCGCUGAGCUGUCGUGUAUGAUCGCAUCCUUGCAUCGCUUUUAUUUUGCAGGAGAUUUAUGUUUUUAAAGAUACAAAGGACGCGGUGGAUUGACGGAAAUCAGAGGAUUCGCUCGUCGGAUGGAGGACGUCGAUUGUAAACGCCAGCAAGAACGCGAACAUUUAUCCUCGCACUCUUGGCCUGUCGGAUAUGUUUUAUUAGCUGGAUUUUAAUUCCAUCCCAUUUGAGAGUGGAAAAUUAGGACAAGUCGACCUACACCCCUCACAAAGGGGUUCCGCGCAGCCGAGCGUAUACGGCAUGUUGUUGCUCCGUAUGUUUUCGGCAAAACUGGCACAUGUUUGCGUGUAGCUCUCUUUUUUUGAGAGAGAUUUGGUUUUGGGUUUCUCAAGUAGACUAUAAAUACACGCAGUGUUUUGUUAGCAACACAAAAAGUUAUAAAACUCUACAUUUUCUAUGUAGCUCUUUAUUAGUUUAUAUGCUGUAAAGUUGUUACUUGUGUAACUUGUUACACUAGCUAGUUUUAUAUUCUCCAACUUAAUUUAACAUUUUUUUCUCUCAUAACUUGGUGGCUGUUCUAAAUACUGCGACGACUUUCGCCGAUUGUUCCUUCCUGAUGGGUACAACAAGACCCAGCUGACGACUCUUGAACCUUUACACUGUUUACCCACCUUUGUAAACAUUCACCAGUAAAAAAAAACACUCGUGAUUCCGCAAUGGAGCUCUUCUCCAGGAAUGUGGCCGCGUUUUGGAUUAUCCUGCUGGAGUUCCUGCUCGGAUCAGUGGCGGAGGAAGAAGUCCUGAUGAACACGAAAACGGAGACAUCAGAUCUGAAGUGGACGACACACUCUCGCUCUAAACCUGAGUGGGAGGAGGUCAGUGGUCUGGAUGAGGAGAACAACAGUGUGCGGACCUAUCAGAUCUGCCAGGCAGACGGCUCCAGCAGUCAUUGGCUACGCAGUAAGCUGAUCGAGCGGCGAGGAGCAUCACAGGUGUACGUGGAGCUGUUUUUCACUAUGGUCGAGUGUUCAUCUCGAAGCACACACCACCGCUCCUGCAAAGAGACCUUUAACCUCUAUUACUAUCAAAGCGACACUGAUGACGCCACAGCCACCCACCCGGCAUGGAUGGAGAACCCCUACACCAAGGUGGACACCGUGGCUGCAGACUUCCUACUGCGCAAAGGUGGAGAGAAGAAAGUCAACGUGAAGACGCUGCGUUUGGGCCCAUUGAGCAAGCGGGGAUUCUACCUGGCGUUUCAGGCUCAGGGCGCGUGCAUGGCUUUGCUUUCCGUGCGUGUUUUCUUCAAGAAGUGUCCGGCGCUCACACGUUCACUAUCCGUCUUCCCGGAGACCGUUCCCCGCUCGCUGGUCCAGGAGGCAGUGGGCCAGUGUGUGGCCAACGCGGCGCAGCCUGGCCCCAGUCCCAGACCGCCCAAGAUGUUCUGCGGAGAAGAUGGACAGUGGGUGGACCAGCCCACCACCACCUGCACUUGCCUGCCGGGCUUCGAGGCCAGCCAUGGAGAGCUGGAGUGUAGAGCUUGUCCUGUGGGUCUCUUCAAGAUGGGUUCUGGUACUGGUCCGUGUUCUGUGUGCCCUGAGAACAGUCAGACCGGAGAGACGGGUUCUGCUGCGUGUGUGUGUCGCUCUGGGUUUUAUCGCGCUCUGAGUGACAGUGCAGAUACACCCUGCACACGUCCUCCGUCGUCUCCGCGCAGCCCCGUCCCUCAAGUCAACGACACGUCUCUGACUCUGGAGUGGAGCGAGCCGUUGGACAGCGGCGGCCGCUCGGACCUCAGCUACAGCGUGGAGUGUCGGAUGUGCUCCACCCCUGGGAGCCCCUGCACACUAUGCAGCGACGGUGUGAAUUAUCGGCCGUCCCAAACAGGGAUCCAAGGCCGGCGUGUGAGCAUUUGGGGUCUGAGACCUCACACCACCUACAGCUUCACCGUCAUGGCCCUCAACGGGGUCUCCGCUCAGAGUCAACAAGGGCCUGCAGGAGAGACCAUCAACGUCACCACCAGCCCCAAUGUUCCUGUGUUGGUUUCGGGUGUAAGGAAGAGCACAGCCACUGAAUCCAGCCUGACGCUGUACUGGAACACUCCCACCCAAUCACACUAUAGGAUCCUGCAGUACCAGAUACGCUACUGCGAGAAGGAGCGCGGAUCUGAAGAAAACUCCUGUCAUUAUAUGGAGAGCAAAAACAACGAGGUGGUUUUGAGUGACUUGCGAAGGGCCACGCAGUACGAGGUUCAGGUCCGCGCUCGUACAUUUGCCGGAUAUGGCAGCUUUGGUCAAGCCAUCGUCUUUCGAACCCUUCCUGACGAAGAUGAUUCCUCGUCUCCGCUGCUUGUUACUGGGAUCCUGAUAGCCAUGGGGAUGCUGCUCCUCAUCAUCGUCAUUGCGGCGGCCAUUUAUUGUAUCAGGAAGCAAAAUAAUUACAAAGAUCCAGAGCUGAGCGACAAAAACGGCCAAUAUCUCAUGGGUCAAGGAGUGAAGGUCUACAUCGAUCCUUUCACUUAUGAAGACCCUAAUGAGGCCGUGAGAGAGUUUGCUAAAGAGAUCGAUGUCUCGUGUGUCAAAAUCGAGGAGGUUAUUGGGGCAGGUGAGUUUGGGGAAGUUUGUCGGGGACGGCUGAGGAUUCCUGGUAAGAAGGAGAACUAUGUGGCCAUUAAAACCCUGAAGGGUGGAUAUACAGACAAGCAAAGGCGGGACUUCCUGGCCGAGGCCUCCAUCAUGGGCCAGUUCCAGCACCCCAACAUUAUUCACCUGGAGGGCAUAAUAACAGCCAGCUGCCCCGUCAUGAUCCUCACCGAGUUCAUGGAGAACGGAGCUCUGGACUCUUUCCUCAGACUCAACGAUGGACAGUUUACGCCAAUACAGUUAGUCGGGAUGCUGCGCGGCAUUGCAUCAGGAAUGAAAUAUCUCUCAGAAAUGAGUUACGUACACCGAGAUCUUGCAGCACGCAACAUUCUAGUGAACAGCAACCUGGUCUGCAAGGUAUCUGACUUCGGUCUGUCGAGAUUCCUGCAGGAGAAUUCAUCGGAUCCCACAUACACCAGCUCACUGGGUGGUAAAAUUCCCAUCCGCUGGACGGCACCCGAAGCCAUUGCCUUUCGGAAAUUUACCUGCGCGUCCGAUGUGUGGAGUUACGGGAUUGUCAUGUGGGAAGUGAUGUCGUUUGGAGAGCGACCGUACUGGGACAUGAGCAACCAAGAUGUGAUCAAUGCCAUUGAGCAGGAUUACCGUCUGCCGCCGCCGCCCGACUGUCCCACAUACUUGCACCAGCUGAUGCUGGACUGCUGGCAGAAGGAGAGGACGGCCCGGCCGCGCUUCGCCAACAUCGUCUCGGCUCUGGACAAGCUCAUCCGCAACCCGGCCUCACUCAAAAUCACAGCGCAGGAGGGGGCGGGCCCCUCUCACCCUCUGCUGGACCAGCGGUCUCCACUCACGCCCUCAUCCUGCGGGACGGUGGGCGACUGGCUGCGAGCCAUCAAGAUGGAGCGCUACGAGGAGACGUUUCUGCAGGCGGGAUACACAUCCAUGCAGCUCGUCACCCACAUCAACACGGAGGAUCUGCUGCGUUUGGGAAUAACUCUAGCAGGUCACCAGAAGAAGAUUCUCUCCAGCAUUGAGGCUCUCGGGAUUCAAAACAAAGCACCAGGGAAUGUGCUGUACUGAGUGAAUCACACACACACACACACAUAUACAUGAACUCUACUGUGCUGGAGAGCCUUCAUCUAACGACCCACUCACAAUCAGGAACAUUUCUACUUCCUUUUUUUUUAACCGUGGCAUCACUAAAGAAUCAAGAUGGCUUCUUUUCUUCCAAGACUACCUACAAAUAAAAGCGAUAUCAUAUCUGGUUUGUGAUAUCAAACGGGUCUCACAGGGGGAUGUUACCUUAUUUGGACAUCCUCUCGCUCUGACAUCAUAACUAUAAAACUGUGACAUCACACACGUAUUUCCAUUUUUUGCAGAGUAUUUUUCUAAAGGAGACUUUCGUACCGAAGGAUGAGGAAUACCACGUUUAUUACACAGGAAUUUGGAUACAUUUUAUUAACGAUGACUUCUUCACGUGUGUUGAAAACACACACACACACAAAAUAAAUCGGUGUUGUGUUUUUUGAAACGAUGCACUCGGUGUGAGUGUGUAUGCGAGCAGCAAUAAGAGCACAAAAGUCUUAGCACUUUUUUUUCCUGAAGAGAGAGACCUGAAUAAGAAUGAUUAUGCGAAUACACACACACACACACACACACACACACUCUCUCUGCAACACUUGACUGGCACUAAAAAGAGACCAAAUAAAAGACUGUAUGUUGUUGUUGUAUUCUGAGCGGCUGAGGACUGGAAAUGAAACACGUGCCAUACUGUUUUACUACGGGAAUGUUGUGCUGGCUUUUGCUCACCAACUUGAACUACAGCGUUUGGGUUUAUGGCUAGGAGGAGUUGGUCUUCACAUUGGAGAUCAUGCAAAGAACAAACCAGGGACUUUUAUUUUGUUGCCUUCUCCGUCGUUUUGUUUUGUAUAAAUAUAUACUUGAUUUAUGUAAAAAGGUGCAUUUUCUUUUUGGUCAGUGUAAUCUGUGUUUCUGUUACAAUAAAAAUAUACAUUUA